CACUGAUAGGUGGCACUGAUAGGUGGCACUGGUUGGCAUUGAUAGGUGGCACUGAUGGGUGACAUUGAAAGGCAGCUCAGAUGGCCACUGAUAUGUGGCAUUGAUGUGCAUUGGUAGGCACUGAUAUGUGGCAUUGAUGUGGCACUGAUGGGCACUGGCACGUGGCAUUGUUCAGCACUGACAGCUGGCACUGAUGGACACUGACAGGUGGCACUUAUGGGGCCACACUGAUCAUCAGGGCACACUGAUCAUCAGUGCAAUGAUGAUCACUGUCAGCGUGACAGCUCGUGAGGAGAGAAAUGCCGAUAACCGGCUUUUCUCUGUUUACAUGUGAUCAGCUGUGAUUGGACA